AUGCCCCUGAAGAAGGAUGCUCACCAUCUGCAUAAGGUUGGCCAUUGGAUGCCAGCAGAUCAUGUCGCUCAGCGGGAGUGGCUCGGAGGAGUGAUCGAUAAAGUUGACAAUAGCGACAAGUCUCUCCAUCCGGUCCUUCAAGAAUUUAAGGAGUUGAUUGAAAGCAACACCAGGGUCUACAUGCUCCUAACAGGCAUGUUUAGAGAGGUCCCGCACAAGAAACCAUACAGCAAAGAUCCAACUGGCACGGCGCAGAUCCGUGACUAUGACCAUUUCUUACAAGUUCUCAAUCAUCUUCUCACCUCGGCCCCGUCAUGGACCGACAAAGCCCAUCGAGUCGGACUGGUCGGGUUACCCAUCAAUGCCGUUCUUGACUGGGCAAUGGGAACUCCCAGUGGAUAUGCUGCCUUCCUAGACCCGGAAAUCAAUGCCAUGCUGAAGAAAGUCCUCAAUGCGUGGGGAGAGUUUUUGCGGUCACCCGCUUCUGCAGAAGUUUUGAACAACACCUCCCAUGGUUGGUUCGGUGAGACAGGCCACCGCGACCUGACAAUUGCAGCAAGAGUCGGUCCAACAGCGGCGGAGAACUUGCAAUUCCAGGACAUGUUCCAGUGCGACCCCUCUGCGCCGAACUUUGGCUUCAAAUCCUGGGACGAUUUCUUCACAAGACAAUUUUCUGAAGGAAUGCGCCCGGUUGCCGAGCCAGACAAUGGUCGCGUGAUUGCCAGUGCGUGCGAGUCCAAGCCAUACCGACUCGCUCACAACGUUCGGGCUCGUGAUCAUUUUUGGAUCAAGACUCAACCGUAUUCUGUGCUUGAUAUGCUGGGUCAUGACGAGCUUGCCCAGAAGUUCGUCGGCGGUACGGUGUAUCAGGCAUUCCUGAGCGCUCUGAGCUAUCACCGUUGGCAUGCCCCUGUCAGCGGAAAGGUCGUAAAGGCCUACGUCAUUGACGGCGCUUACUAUUCCGAACCGCUAUUCGAAGGUGUUGGAAACCCGCAGGCUCAUACCGCGGAAAUAGAUUUAGAAGGACAGGUCAUCUCACAGUCGUAUAUCACUGCAACUGCUACCCGUGCUCUCAUUUUCAUCGAGGCUGACGAGCCUUCUAUCGGAUUGAUGGCGUUUAUCGGCGUGGGAAUGGCAGAAGUUUCUACCUGUGAGAUUACGGUCAAAGAAGGUGAUCAUCUCAAGAAGGGUGACGAAAUUGGCAUGUUCCACUUUGGCGGGUCUACUCAUUGUUUGCUUUUCCGGAAGGGCGUCAACGUGUCUGGAUUCCCCGAGGCAGGAGGAGAGGAGAAUGUGCCUGUUCGGAGUCAUUUGGCUAUAGUGUCUUGA